GCGCUGGGCCCGCCUUGGCCGCCGCUGCUGCUGGGGAAUAAUCUGGGCGGCAGCGGGCGGCCUCGGCUAGCGGCCACGAGCCACUUCUGCGGCUGCCCAGAGAAGCAAAGGUCGCCGGUCCCAAGUCGUCCCCCUCUCCGCCCCCCAGAAGGGGCGAGAGGGAGCCGCAGCUGAUGUCAGAAAUACACUUUCGGGAAAUGGCCUCUAAAUCCUGGCUGAAUUUUUUAACCUUCCUCUGUGGAUCAGCAAUAGGAUUUCUUUUAUGUUCUCAGCUAUUUAGUAUUUUGUUGGGAGAACAGGGUGAUACCCAGCCUAAUGUUCUUCAUAAUGAUCCUCAUGCGAGGCAUUCAGAUGAUAAUGGACAGAAUCAUCUAGAAGGACAAAUGAACUUCAAUGCAGAUUCUAGCCAACAUAAAGAUGAGAACACAGACAUUGCUGAAAACCUCUAUCAGAAAGUUAAAAUUCUUUGCUGGGUUAUGACCGGCCCUCAAAACCUAGAGAAAAAGGCCAAACACGUCAAAGCUACAUGGGCCCAGCGUUGUAACAAAGUGUUGUUUAUGAGUUCAGAAGAAAAUAAAGACUUCCCUGCUGUGGGAUUGAAAACCAAAGAAGGCAGAGAUCAACUAUACUGGAAAACAAUUAAAGCUUUUCAGUAUGUUCAUGACCAUUAUUUAGAAGAUGCUGAUUGGUUUUUGAAAGCAGAUGAUGACACAUAUGUCAUACUAGACAAUUUGAGGUGGCUUCUUUCAAAAUACGACCCUGAAGAACCCAUUUACUUUGGGAGAAGAUUUAAGCCUUAUGUAAAGCAGGGCUACAUGAGUGGAGGAGCAGGAUAUGUACUAAGCAAAGAAGCCUUGAAAAGAUUUGUUGAAGCAUUUAAAACAGACAAGUGUACACAUAGUUCCUCCAUUGAAGACUUAGCACUGGGGAGAUGCAUGGAAAUUAUGAAUGUAGAAGCAGGAGAUUCCAGAGAUACCAUUGGAAAAGAAACUUUUCAUCCCUUUGUUCCAGAACACCAUUUAAUUAAAGGUUAUCUACCUAGAACGUUUUGGUACUGGAAUUACAACUAUUAUCCUCCUGUAGAGGGUCCUGGUUGCUGUUCUGAUCUUGCAGUUUCUUUUCACUAUGUUGAUUCUACAACUAUGUAUGAGUUAGAAUACCUCGUUUAUCAUCUUCGUCCAUAUGGUUAUUUAUACAGAUAUCAACCUACCUUACCUGAAGAUAUACUAAAGGAAAUUAGUCAAGCAAACAAAAAUGAAGUUACAAAAGUGAAGUUAGGAAACCCUUGAAAGAAAAUCAUGAAUGAACAAAGGUAAAAUGUCUAGCAUUGCACUGAAAAAGGACUUCUGCAUUUCUGACAUAGAACACUGGAAUCCCAGUGAGGAAUUCUAAGUGAACAUUCCUUAUAGAAACCUUUCACAUGAAUGACUGUAAACUGAAGCUUUAAAUGAGCUGUGAAGUCUGUUAAAAUGUGUUUUGAUACAGUAAUAUAUAAAUAUAUCUAUAUAUAUGAAGAACUUGUGUUUUUUAAAUGGUGGCCAGGUAGAGGAACUAGAAAAGAGAUUUUGUUGCCUGUUUUCUGACCAUCUGUAUUAUUGUCACUGAGAAACUAAAAUAGUUAAAUUUACUAAAACUACACUGCACCAUGUUAGUAAUAAACAGAUCUGCCUUAAAGAAAAUUUUAGAAAGAAAUAUUGUUGCUCAGUGUUGUUAAUACAGCUCAAGAAUUGAGUUUAUAUUUGCAGUAUGAUAUAAGUGAUCCCCCCCCCCACACACACACACACGGAGUUUUUGUCUAAUGAAAAUGUUGCUGUGAUUAUUUAUAACUGGUAGUAUUUCUUCCAGAAAAAGCUAAAGUAAGACUGGCACUUAUCCUGAAGUGCAUUAAUAAAACCACACUUAAAAUUAUCAUGGGCCUUGACUAUAUUAUAUACUUGAUUCUAAUUAGUAAUCUUUUACGCAAUCUCUGUUGUCUCUUUUCUAAAUAUGUUCAGCCACUCUUGAAUACCAUUCUCCACUAUUAACAUUAAUUUACUCAAACCGUUCAUAGCAUUCUGUAAACAUGUACUUUACAUAUUUGUUCCCAAAUUUACCCAUUGUUAAUUAUGGGUAAUAAUAAAUUUAAUGCUAUUUCAGGAUGCUUUUCUUAUAACAGUGCCACUCUCAGGAAUUACUAAGUGACAUUUUAAAUUGAUUAUUUUAAACUCUUUCCAACUACAUAGUUAUGGUUUAUUUCAUUCUCAUCCUGUUGGGAUGAGAACUUGUUUGUGCCUUUCAUAACUUGUUUAAAACAGAGUUUUAAAAUUAAUUUAUAGGAUCUGAGGUGGCUAUUAGUUACAGUGUUAAGAUUAGAAUGCAAGAUUUUGAUGAGAAUUAAAAACAAUAGAAAAUGCAGAGUGCUUAAACAAAAAUGUUAUGUAUUGAAAGAGUAGAUAAUUUAUAAAUAACAGUCUGAAGGUUGAUGCUAUUUUGGGAUAAUUGUUUUGCUAAUGGAUAAUUCUAACAACCCAGAAUACCUAGUCAAGACUGUCAUCAAAAACAUUCACAAAUGUUUCAUUCUAUUUUUAGUGACUCUGUUUAAAGAGUUUCUGAAAGGAAAGAAAUUUUUUAUUUUUAUUAUCUUUAGCAGAACUGAGUGUGUCAUAGAAUAUUUUACAGACUUUCUAUGAGAUUAUUUUUAUGGUACAAAAUAUUUACAUUUCCCUUAUGUUUAUCAUUAUGCCAAUUUUACAUGGCUGUCAUGCCACUGACUCUGCUAUUUAGCUAGGUAAUUUCUUUUUUUGGAGACCGUCCCACUCUAUCCCCCAGGCUGGAGUGCAGUGGUGUGAUUCUCCUGCCUCAGCCUCCCGAGUAGCUGGGAUUACAGGCACAUGUCGCCAGGUCCCGCCAGUUUUCGUAUUUUUAGUAGAGACAGGGUUUUGCCGUGUUGGCCAGGCUAGUCUUGAACUCCUGACCUCAGGUGAUCCACCCGCCUCGGCCUCCCAAAGUGCUGGGAUUACCAGUGUGAGUCACAGCGCCCGGCUAAGUAAUUUCUGUUUAUUGUGCCAAAACAUGUCAAAAUCAUGACCUCUUCGAAUGGUAUAUUUGAGAGGAUGUUCAUUUCAUUGGCUAACCAUGGACUACUCUGUCCACAUAGUGAAAACAUGCACCAGUUUUUACCUAUUAUCAUGGUAGUAUCAUCUGCCAGAAUUUCAAGGCAUUCAUUUUAUUCUUUGAACAACUCUUCACCAUGGUGUGGACAUGAAUUUUCAUAUGUGUUACUUGACUAGAAGUAUAAAUGGUUUACUAUAAAUAUCCAAAAACCUUAAGAUUUGCUCAUAGGAAAUGAAUGUGAUGAUGAAUCCUGGGCUCUAGAGUCAGACUUGCUUGGGUUUAAAUUCUUGCUCCAACACUUACUGUUUUUGUAACCUUGAGCAAUUUUACUUAAUCUCUCUGUGUCUCAAUUUCCUCAUCUGUAAAUUAGGGAUGAUAAUACUACCUACCUCACAGGAUUUUUAUGAGGAUUAAAUAAAUGUAAGGUUCUUAGAACAUUGUCUGUCCCAGAAUAGGGAGCAAUAAAUAGAAGAUUGUAUUAUUAUUCUGUUACGUUGGAGUGUAAAUACUGCAUUUAAGUGAAUGAAAAAUUUGCUUUGACCAGAUACUGAAGGAAAUAAAUAAUAGCUAGUAUUUAUCAAGUGCCAACUGUAUGCUAGGUACUGUGCUUAGAUAAUCUGUGUAUAAUAGUGUUAAUCCUCAAAAUUUGGGUGUUAUUCCCAUAUUAUAGAUAAGGAAACUGAGGCUCAGAGAAUUAAAGUAACUUUGUCACUGUCAAAAAGCUAGUAAGUAACAGAGGUAGGAUUUAUAUUCAAACCCUGUGUGUUCAUUUGAACCGUAUCAGGCUUGGGGUUAUUCAUUUAGCAUUAUUUCCGUUUUUAUGUAUAUGAUACGCGAUGUCUGAUACAUUGGCCAGUAAUAGUCAAAUUAACCGAGCCAAAUUGUCACAGUGAUUCUUAAACUGUGGUUUUCACACUUGCCCAGGAUGUUGUUAAAUGCAGAUCUGAAGACCCCAAUCUCAGAAAUUCUAAUUUAAGCAUGGGGCCCAAGAGUAUGCAUUCUUACCAGAUACCCUAGGGCAGUGAUUGUCAAAAGUGUGGUCCCAACAAACAGCAUUAACAUCACCUGGGAACUUGUUGGAAAUGCAGCCUUUCUCAGGGCCCCAUCUCAGAUCUACUACUAAAUCAGAUACUCUAGGGGCAGGGGCAGGGGCUAGCAGUUGUGUUCAAGCAAACUCUGCAGGUGUCUUUCUUAUCCUAGUUUGAGAACCAAUACCCAACAACCUACAUGAUUUUGGUGCAGAUAGUGUUUGAAACACACUGAAGAUUACUGCCCCAUUACCAAGACAUUUUUCAAAAAGCAUGUUUUAAAUCAGUGUAGUCUAGGAUCACACUAUAUUAAAUAUAAAAUAAAGAUAACUUAAAGGAUCAUUGGAUCAUUCAUUUUGGCCAAAUUUUUAGCUUCUCUGAAGUGAUUAACACCAGGGCCCACAAUAAAAUCUGUAAUUCUCCAAGUUUAGUAAUUUUAUAUUGAGGCAGGAAGGGUUCAUUAAGUACUAAUAAGUAUAUAAUUUAUUAAAAGCAUACAUAAGUGUCAUUCAAAAAGGUCCAUAAUUGUUAGUAAAAAAAAUUAAAUUGAAGUAGUAAAUGCUAUUUUAUAACAUACAUUUUUCUGCUAAUUCAUUGUUUUGUGUGACCUAAUAAAGCAAAAGAAAAACAAAAAAGCAAUUCUCCAAGUACUUCAUAGAGCACAUAAAACCAGAUUUCAUGAUGAUGAUGUAUUCACUAUCUAUCUUUUAGAUUAAGAUCUCUGUUAUUUGGUAAAUGAUUUUAGUAUGGUUUCAAAACAUAAGGCUUUUGAUGUCUUAUGUUCUCUAAUAAUGGUAUGCUUGUAUUUUCUAGUGGAAAGUUCAUAGAUAAAACAGACUUUUGUCCCAGUUUGCUUUCAAAUAUAAAUUUCAGAUGAGUUUUUCUUACUGUAAUGAGGUAUGAAAAUAAAUCACUGAUCGGCUCUUAAUAUUUUUUGAAUAUGGAGUUGGAUUUGAGCAGUAAAUUUGCUAACUGGUUAUUUUCACAAUUUUCUUGAGUAUUAAUUUUUCACUUCUUUGAGACUGUCAAACUAUAGUUAUUACCAGGUUGACGCACUGUUGUACCUGAAAGAAUCCCUUGAUUAAAUUAUAUCUAGCAUUUUAUUUGCCAUUUAAAUUUUCAGGUCAUUAGACUAUAAUUCUUUGACAGUUUCUGCCUGGUGUUUAUUGCCCUUCUUUAUUUGCUUUAUUACUAACUUCCAUUUUCUAGUUACUCUUAAAUGCUGCCUUCACAGGGUUAAUUUGGCUGUUAAUAGUGAUUAGAAUUUUUAUUACUUAAUUGAUCAUUUUAAACCUACUAACUAGGGUUCCCUAUGAAAUUGAAAGUAAAAGUCUAAGAAUAAUGCCUGCUGGCUCUGCCUACUUAAAAAUCUAUAAUUUUAAAUUAAUUCUACAUCUACAAUUAUUAAAGGAAGUAAUGUUAUUUGGAUUCUUCCACUCACCCUUUUCCCAAAAACAACAACAAAAAACAAAACUCAUUUUCUUUAUUUUUCUACUUUAUAGUAGGCCUGACAGAAACAUACUGAAGCAAUCUGGGAGACAACCUGUGAUAGUUUAAAAAAUGUGUUUAUAUAUAAGAUUUGAAAUGAAAACUUUAAUGCAGGCUAGAAUAAGGAAUUUUACAAAUUCUCUUUAGAGAAACCAACUUUAAAGUUUUAGAGUUGAAUUUUGCUCUAUCUCAACUCCCUUACCUCGCUAGUUUUCAGUUUAUAUUAAUAACUUUGCAGGGCCCUGCAAAUUAAUAAUCUACAUGAAGUACAUUAUUAGAGGGAAACUAAUCUUACUGCUAAGCAGUGUGUUGUACUACAUAGUGAAUGUUGGUGUUUUGGAAUUUAAAAAUUAUUUAAGGUAAUGGUGUUAUGAAUGGUUUAAAAAUGUCUGGUGACUUGCUUAUUUUAAGUGAUCACCAUUAAGUCAGAAAAAUGUAUUUUUAAAUGUUUCUUGAAGUGCCUUUUGAACAUUUUUAAACAGCGGAUUUAAAUAAUGCAUAAAAUAAAUUGCCAUGUUCAAAGUU